GCCCUUAAACCACUUCCUGGGGGUGGAGAGGACCUCUGCUGCUGCUGCGACAAGCCAGGAAGGCGGUAACGCCCGAGUCCCGAGACUCUGGCUGUUGCCAACAAAAUCCUGGGACACCCUCAGCUCUGACUGCGAGAGCAUCGUCUCUCUCCAUCCACACAGAACGGCUCGCCACCGGCUCCCAUUAGUUGCGCCUCCAUCUGUUGGGACCCGUGCCCCUAAGUCUGGCCGGGCCUCUGGGCAGGUCGUAGGAAGCCGGCGUGAACUCGCCUACUGCGAAAGCUAUCAACUAAAAUACUCGGAAGCUGAACCCUUCAGAGUCCGACCGGUGCUCGCCACCGUCACCUGCUGGUUGAAUUCCGGAAACCCACUGUCUGAAGAACACAGAAGGGAAUCGCUGACCACGCAGAAUCAGAAUCGUCUGGACCAAAAGCUCUGGGACCCUGCCUGGCUGCCUUCUUUUCGUCGGGUCUUUCAUCAUUUCGGGGACUUCUGUGUCCUGAAGCCCCUAACGGCCACCAAGGUAGCUAGGGUGAGCUACAAACUUUGCUGUCUUGUUCUCCAACCUCUGCCUCCAACAUAGCGAGUCUGAACGUUACCACCCACUUCUUCCCCAAACCAGGAGAUUUUGCCUUUUCCUUUUCCUUGCUUGUCUCCUACAGUUCCCAAAAUUUCCCCCCCUCCUGUGUCCUCUUCACCCCCUUCUUUUGGGGGCCCCGUGACCCUAAAUGUGGGGGGAACACUAUAUUCCACCACAUUGGAGACCCUGACACGCUUCCCAGACUCCAUGCUGGGGGCCAUGUUUAGGGCUGACACCCUUAUUCCAGCCAAUCUCAACCCGCAAGGAGAUGGCCAUUACUUCAUCGACAGAGAUGGCAAGGCUUUCCGGCAUAUCCUCAAUUUCCUGAGGCUGGGCCGUCUGGACCUGCCCCGUGGGUAUGGAGAAACUGCACUUCUUAAGGCAGAGGCUGACUUCUACCAGAUCCGGCCACUCCUGGAUGCCCUGAGGGAAUUGGAAGCUUCCCGGGGUACCCCUACAUCCAGAGCUGCCCUGCUCCAUGCAGAUGUAGAUGUCAACCCCCGCCUGGUGCACUUCUCUGCUCGAAGGGGCCCACACCAUUAUGAGCUGAGCUCUGUCCAGGUGGACACCUUCAGAGCCAACCUCUUUUGUACCGACCCUGAGUGUCUAGGUGCCAUGCGCAAACGAUUUGGUGUGGUCAGUGGGGACAGGGCAGAAGGAGGUCCACAUUUUCGUCUAGAGUGGGCCUCCCGCCCCCGGGAACUCCCCGAAGUGGAAUAUGAAAGACUGGGGCUGCAACCACUGUGGACUGGGGGCCCGGAAGAUCGACGGGAGGUGGCGAACGCGCCUACCUUCCUGGAGGAGGUCCUGCGGGUGGCUCUGGAACAUGGCUUCCGCCUGGACUCUGUCUUCCCAGACCCUGAAGACCUGCUGAAUUCGAGAUCUUUGCGCUUUGUCCGCCACUGAGAAUGCUACCUUUCACUUGACUGUGGAGAAGAGAAAGAGCCAUCAGCUAAGUGGCUCUCCCGAAGACUCUGGUUCUGGUGUGGGAGCUAUGAGAGUCAGGGAUCCCACCUGACUGGAGCCUCGAUGUAGGCUGGGAUUCCCAAAUUGAGCUGUCCUGACUCCCAGGACUCAAGAGUGAUCCAGACGAUCUACACUGGGGCUUAUCCUGGGAAAGCAUCCGUGCAUUCUCGAGCCUGUUCUUGCUUGAGGAUGGGUCCUCUGUAUUUAGGGGUGCGGAAACGCAAGGAAGCACCUCUGCCCAGGCUAAACUCAGCAGAACUCUGGAGGCUUGAGCACUAGGUGGAAGGACAUACUUUGAUUAUCAGAUGUGGUCUGUCCCCUGGACUGUGGCUUCCCCCCCUGGAGCUGGGCACCUUAUCCUACCAUGACCAUCAAGAGGCCAGGACAUCUGGGAGGUUCAUUUACUAUAUUCCAAACCACCUACUCUGGGAGAUUGGAAAUGGACACCUCAUCCUAGGUUGACAAAAGGGGGCUAGGAGAGUCCCCAUCAGCAUGGGGGGUAGAGCACCCUUCUGGGAUUCCAAGUGUUUUAGACAGUUUUGUUUGUAUGUGGGUGGAACUGAACAUGGAGAAAGAUGGUAGUGUUCUUUGUGCCUGGGCUUCUGUCAUGUGUGUGUUCCUGCCAGCCACUGUAUCUGACUGAUACUUGGGUCCCUGUCAUCUUGUUUCCCAUCAGUGUUGCUGACUCUUGUGUUUAUGUGAUGGUCCUUCUGGGAUCUUGGCAUGUCCAGGCCCGUUUGAGGUUGCCUAGCAACUCUUCAGGCCCAGGUAUCUCUGUGGUAUGUGUGAGAGCAGAUUGAGAUUUGGUUUAAUCAUAGGGUGUGUGUGUGUUUAUGCCACACCACUACGUCGGCAGGAGGGGCUUGUUUGAGUUUGAGUCACUAGGCUUUUCCUAUGAGAGGUAAAAGCCACUGGGCUUAGCUGGGCCUCUGAGACCUCUGGGAGCUCUUGGUUGCUGAGACAACCGUGAGCUUGUUGCUAGGAAAUAGCUGGGGAAGGCCUAAGGCUGUCCUGAGCAGAGAGGAGACAGUUGGGAAUGUGGAGGGAAUUUGGGAAGGGACAGCAUUUCUGGGUCCCUGAGUGGAUGGGCUAUGCAUGCGCAUCCUCACUGGGCGGAGUCCUUCAUCGAUCACUGUGACUUAUAAGAAGAAAAAUAAAAUUGCUUCCAGAACCA